AAGUUUUCCGCUCAUCGUAUGUGUGCUAUCAAAUCUUUUCAUCAAACAGACGGGCGUUUUUAGUAAAGAACUUUGUGUGAAAAAAAUUAAAUUUUUCUGAAAAUAUUUUGUGAUUCAAAAUUGUGAUUGAAUUUAUUCAUCAACUGCGUUUUCUGUGAGUGAAUUGAAGCUGUUCACCGACAAUCGCGUUGAUCAAUUAUAAAAUUGAUUUUGUUUCGAUAGCACCCUUAAUUUAUAUUCAAACAACAAAAACAGAAGCAAUUUAUUCAAUAAUAAACGCAUACCGCGUCGUGCUUCAACGAAAUAAAUAACAAAAAAAAACUUUAAUUCGUUUAACUGUAAUAAAAAAAAACCGCCAAAAUUAAAUCAAAAAUGGAUAGCAAUAGUGUUAGUCCCCUUCCACCGCCGGAAGCGCCGCUCGCUAUGAUGGAAGUCAAUGAAAAAACUCCACCUAGAAGUCCUUCAGGCCAUGAUAUGCCACCACCACCAGAUGAAAAGAGGUAUGAAGACGAGGGAGACAACUCAUGGGGAUGUGCAUCAUGGUUCGAAUAUUUGGUCGUAGUUAUACUCUCAACAAUUUUGUUGAUCGGCGCAUUGGUGCUCACCUUAUUCUGGGUAAUCUACUACAGAGGUGGAUUUGCAUGGUCGGAAAAACCAGAGAUUCAGUUUAACCUUCAUCCUGUACUGAUGGUCGGUGGAUUUAUCACACUAUCUGGCUUUUCCAUUCUGUUCUACAGACUCUGUAGAUGCUUGAAACAUAUUUAUGUUAAGCUGGCCCAUACAUUUUUCCAUGCAUGCACCAUACCGUGUGUUGUGAUCGGUUUCUUGGCUGUGUUUGACUCGCACAAUCUGGCAAAUCCACCAAUUCCAAACUUUUACACACUUCACUCAUGGAUCGGUUUGGUGACCAUGGGCCUGUUUGUUUUGCAAUUCGUGUUCGGAUUUUUCACAUUCCUUGUCUGCUUAUGCUGUGAGAAUGGCACCUACUCUUGCCGUGCGGCCAUGGUUCCGAUACACGCCAGCUUCGGCUUGGUCACAUUUAUGCUCGCUUGUGCAGCAUGCUUGACGGGACUGACACAAAAAGCAAUAUGGAAACUUGGUACUGCUUAUGCCGAAUGGACAGAAGAGGGUAUUGUCAUCAAUGCACUCGGUGCUACGAUUGUUGCACUCGGCAUUAUCAUUUCAUUCGCUGUUCGAAGAUCGAAUGCACCAGCGACAGCUAAAGUUUAUGUGACCGAACGUCUUUAAGUAAAUCGUAUCAAUCAGUCGAUCAACGCAACAAAAAAAUACACGAUAAAAUAUACAUCAAACGACGCAAUAAAUAGACGAAAAAAAUUGAAAAUAAUUUUAUAAAUUAUUAAAAUUACUUUUUAACAACAACAACAAAAAAUUAUGAAUGGAGAACCCGAAGCGACGGGAGAAUAAACUUUACAAGAAGAAAAAAGAACUUUGUAUGAAUUUACUUUAAUUAGUACUAUUUGAUAUAAAUUAUUAUAUGUAAACUUAAGAAGCUAAAAAGAGUUUUUAACAGGUUCAAUCUUACACCUGAAACAAAAGAACGAAAGAAAUUAAAGUAAAUGAAAAUGAUGAAAAAUCUUUGUUUAACUAAUGACCAAAAUUGAAUGUGCGCAAUGUAAUGUUUUGUACAAUAUUUCUAUUUAACAAUUGUAUGAUUUAUCAAAACGAUUUUAAUUUUUGUUUAAAAAAGAGAAACAACAAGCAAGUAGGAUGCGCUAAGUAGCUGAUACAUUUUCAUGGAAAAGCAGUUUGUAUUUUGAUGAUAAAUUUAUUAAGACAAAACAAAAACUAAUUCUCGAGAACUUAAAGAAAUUAAGUCGAAUUUUUGCCAUUUUAAAAUAUAAAAUUAAUUAUAAAUACCAGAGAAAUGUACUCAGUCGUUUAAUGCAAAUGAAUGAUUAAAUAGAUAUCUUUAAACCAAUUUCGACCAUCAUAGAAAUGUAGACGUAGCACCAGCAGAAGUAAAUGAUUGAUUAUUUAACAAAAGUAUAUAUUUCAACAAAACACACACUGAGGUGGACACAGCGCGAGCAGAGCAAGCAACAACAACAGAAUGAGGUCCGCACUGCCUAUACGCCGUUCGGGUUCAAAUUCAAAUAGCUGUUUUAGCGAUUCUUAUCCAACGAAAAUUUGAGCCGUUAGGCACCUAUCAAGCAGAUCCGCCCUUACGCCUCUGGAACCCAAUGAUCUAACGAAAAGUCAGGCUAUAGAAAUAGAUAGAAAUGGAAAGGAAUAGAUGCGUUUUUGCACUGUAUUUGGGCUCUACAGGUUUGUUCCAAAUAACUGUAAACACGAAUUUUCACUGGCCGAACGAACAAGAUUUCAUCCAUAGACAUCGGUUUUCAUAUAAAUAUUUAUGAGGUCAUGUCUCUGUGGGUGAAAUUUGACAAUUCCUAUGGCCUUGAAAUAAACCUAUUUGCUUAAGUGAAAGGGCUAUUGAGGAUGCAGAAGGAGAUAUAUACAAUUAGGACAUGUUGAUCUGCUGAUGUGUCCCCUCACCACACACAUAUGCAAAACAUAGACCAUUGUUGAAGAAACAACAUCAAAAGAAACAAAUAGUCAUUUACAUAACAAGGGACAAAAAGUUAAAAAUUCGUGUGCUCGUGUCAACUGUUUUGAUUCGAGGCGAAGCUGAGAUUAAAAAAAACAGCCGAAAACGUGACUUUUCGUUUUUAUCCCUACUUAAGUAAUGGAUUUUACACGCUAGGGGCGUCGAAAGAAGUGCAUAAUUUAUGAAAAAUACAUUGUUCGAUGCGCGUAGCAUGUAAAUGAAGUUUAAACAAAAUACAAAUUCAUACAAAAAAACUCAUACAAAACAAUGUCUGAUAGACUGCAUGAAACUCAAACCGAUUUAGUUAUACAUCAAGCAGACCUUAAACACACAAAUUAAUGAGACUUUAUACAAACGAAACGAAAACAAAAUAUGAAUGAAUUUUGAUAGAAACACUUUUUACACUGAAAUUUUAUAAAAAAAAGUCUUCGUCAACUCAUUCAUCACAUUUUCUUUUAUUUAUUUCAGUAGAAAUUCAAAAUUAAACGUUAGCUCUACGAUAUUUCUUUAGCGCCCAUUUAUCUUCGAAAAUCUACAAAUAUAAGGAAUGGUACACCUGUAAGUAUUCAUUGAGGUAAUUUCUCCAAAUUACCUUCGGAAAGUCAGGUAGAUUUCAGUGCGAAUUUGCAUUUAUAAUCUGACUACUGUCUAAAAGAACACCUGUCUUGAAACCUUGAAACAAAGCACACAAUUGCAACUGAGAUGUGACAGGCAAAUAAGUCAGUUGUAAAUUGUAUGGCUCUUUCACAAAAUGAAACUGCAAGUACAUUUUUGUUAGAGAUUAUGAACGGAACCGCAGGUGAAGGUAACAAAAGGCAGCGUUGCUGGUCUUUAAAACUAUAUUAUAGACUAUUAGAAUGAAAGAAUCUAUAAUUGUUGGUAAUGAAUCAUUUCCAGGAAUAAUUUCGAGUAAUUACUUUAUUGACAUGAAUGUUAAACUCGAGGUUAAUAGGAGAACUCACUGAGGUUUUAUUGAUACCAUCGAUACCAUCGUUCUUCGAAACAUUAAAAUUUGAAUCGGACUUAAUAUUCAGAAUGCAAUUCAUUUCCUUCAAAUUCAAUUAGUGCUCACAGAUAUUCACGAUAAAAGAGUUGGUGGAAUUGAGUUGAUAAAAAGGAUAUUUUUUGAAAGAAACUCAAGCUUAUAAGGAUGCCCGGUGGUUAAUUCGAUAUUAUAUCAAAAGCAAAGUUGUAUUGACAAAAGAAAAAUUCAAUUUGUCUUUUAAAUGUGUUCAUAUUCUUUGUAGACUAUUUGUAUAUCGUAAAAUCCAAAUUAUUAAUCGAAAAGAAAAUACGUAAAAGUAAAACGUUUUCGUAGGAGAUCAUUUUUUGAAUUUUUUUAUUUUCGUUUUUUUCAGUUUUGUCUCAUUUUGAUUUCUCAUUCAAAUUACAUUGAUAGAAAAUGAAUAAGAAUAAAUGUACAAUUUUAGGUAAUAAUAUAUUUUCAAAUGUUAUAUAUAAAUUUUUACAUACAAAAAAUGCUUUUCUAUUUGUAAAUCAUUAAUUAACUGUUGUUUAAUUCAAAUAUUUAAUCAAAAAAUUGAAUAGAUAAAUAAUCAAAAAAAAAUUAAAUUAAUUAAAUCAAAAUUAUUCCUUUUUCAAAUUUUAUUAAUUAAUUAUUUACAAAUGCGUAUAAUGCUAUAAAAUUAUCUAUUAUCAAGUGUUCAUGUUCAAUCAUAACUUAUAAUAAAAAACAAUUAAAUCAAAUAAUCUGAUUAAAAUAUCCAGAUUAAUAAGUAAACUUAAAAGAUUGCCGAUAAAAUAUGAUACUCUGAUAUAUUCAAUCAAAAAUAAAAAUUUACUAAAAGAAAAUGAAACUUUUCGAAUAAAUCGGUAAUUUGUACAAUGUGGAAUGUCGUGUAACCAAUCUACUACUUAUAAAAGUAAAAAUAUUUGUUUAAUGUAAAAAUUGAAAAAAAAAUUGAAAUUGAAUCAAGAAAAUAGCAAAAUGCCAAGAAAAAUGUAUUUUAUAAGAAAAUCGAAAUAUUUCUACCGACAAAUAUUGUAAUAACGACGUAGAAUGUUUCACAAAAUUAAAGUAAGGGAAAAAAUUUCAUAAAAAAAAGAAAAUUAAGUAGCAAUGUGUGUAGUGGAUGUAGCUUACAAACAAAAAAAAGAUUAAAAAUAAAAUUCAUUAUUAGUAGAGAUAAA